CAUAGCAUCUUGCUACCAAAAUUUUCCAAUGGCUUUGAAUGAAGAAAACAUUCCUCAUGAAAGCAAAGUGGUGGUGCUUGUGAUACCUUCUCCUGCACAGAGUCACCUCAACCAGCUUCUGCGCCUCUCACGCCAAAUCGUGGCACACAACAUACCUGUUCAUUAUGUUAGCACCAUCACACACAUUCGCCAGGUAACACUUCGACACCAAAACUCUAUUUCAGACAUCCAUUUCCAUGCCUUUGAAGUUCCACCCUUUGUUUCUCCUCCUCCCAUUCCUAACAAUCCAGAAAGUGAUUUUCCAUCUCAUCUCAUUCCUUCCUUUGUGGCCGCCACACAACUUCGGGAGCCUGUGGGAAAACUUCUUCAAUCCCUUUCAUCUCAAGCCAAAAAGGUCAUAAUCAUCCAUGAUGCCCUCAUGGCAUCAGUGGCACAAGAUGCCAUAAACUUGCCAAAUGUUGAAAAAUACAUUUUUCACAUCUUCCCUGCCUUUGUUGCCUCUGUUUAUUUUUGGGAGGGACAAGGAAGACCCCCGGUUGAAGAUAUUCAUUUCCCAGAAGUUCCUUCUGACGAAGGAUGCCUCCCAGCCCAUUUCACGGAUCUUCUUUCUACACAUGAUUAUAAUGAAUUUCUCAACUCCAAUGGUGAUAUUUACAACACGAGCAGGGCAAUUGAAGGUCCUUACGUUGACUUUAUGCAGCGUCUCAAUGCCGGCAAGAAGGUUUGGGCAUUGGGGCCACUCAACCUUUUAGCCAUUGAGAAGAAUGAUUCGACAGAAUUUAGGCACCCAUGCAUGGAGUGGCUUGAUAAGCAAGAGCCAAAUUCAGUGAUAUAUGUGUGUUUCGGUACCACAACAACUUUCACGGAGGAACAAAACCAUCACAUUGCAACUGGGUUGGAGCAAAGCAAACAGAAGUUCAUCUGGGUGUUGAGAGAUGCUGAUAAAGGGAACAUCUUUGAUGGAAGUGAAGCAAAAGAGCAUGAGCUUCCAAAUGGGUUUGAGGAGAGAGUAAAAGGCAUGGGGCUGGUUGUGAGGGAUUGGGCACCCCAAUCAGAAAUUCUGAGCCACCCUUCAAUGGGGGGUUUUUUGAGUCAUUGUGGAUGGAACUCCUGCUUGGAGAGCUUAUCCAUGGGGGUGCCAAUAGCAGCGUGGCCCAUCCACUCUGACCAACCAAAAAAUGCAGCUUUGGUCACAGAAGUUCUGAAGGCUGGUUUGGUUGUGAGGGAUUGGUCUCAGAGGAGGAAUGAGUUGGUGACUGCAUCACAUGUUGAGAAUUGUGUGAGAAGGUUGAUGCAAACAAAGGAAGGUGAGGAGAUGCGAGAGAGAGCAGUGAGGCUUAAAAAUGACAUUCAUAGGUCCACGAAUGAAGGUGGAAUUUCUCGCAUGGAAAUGGAAUCUUUCAUUUCUCACAUCACUCAAUAGUCAUACCAUUAGUUUGGUUCUUAUGGCAGAAGCUAGUUCUCAUCAUGUGGUUAAUGCAAAAUACUUUCCUAUGACAUUAUUCAGUAAUAAAGCUUCUAUUGAAUA